AUGGAAGAAGCAGAGUUGAUAACUAUUUUACAGCUUAGUGGUCGACCGGAUCAGAUUCAACCUGGAAAACCACUUUAUAAAGCUGCAUUUGAACAGAUAUUAACUGAUUCAUUAUUUACCGCCACUAUGGAAUUGCAAACUGCUCAAUAUUUGUUAUCUGCUGAAACUAGCAAAAUAAGUAAAUGUGAAGAAGAAUUGGAGAAAUUAGGGCAAUUAUUUGUUAAACAAGAAGGAAAAUGGCUACUGGGUGGUGGACAUGUUCCAGCUUCUGUAGAUGAGAGAGUGAAAUUUUUAUUGACGAGAUUACAGAAAUAUCACACAAGUGCUGAGAAGUGGCAAUUGGAAGUUGAUAGGCUUAAAAAGGUUAUUGCAAGUGGUAGUGCAUAA